GGGGGGUGUCUGAGUGAACAGAAAACUCUCACUUACGAGCAGGAGUUGGAGGAGAAGUGAGUUUUGGUUUUGUGCAGACGUGAGGAGAAAGAGCAUGAUGAGAUUUUGAGAGUGGAGAAUCUUUGAUCAAGCUUUAGGUCCUGAAUGGAGAACAAGGCAAUGUACCUGAGCACAUAUGAGGAGCGAGACAAUGGCUCAUUUUAUGAGGAGGGCUACGAUGGACGGAACCUGUCCAAACUUAACCUCUGUGAAGAAGUGAGUUCUGGAAAGCGGAGGAGGAAAACAGACGGCUGCUGCGGCCACUUGGACUCUCUGUCCGCCAUCAAAUACGCCAUCGUCUCGCUCUACAUCCUCGUCUUGCUGAGUAUCUUUGGCCUCUGCAUCGCAGUUUCCAGGUCUCAGUCAUCAUCCGAGAAGCAGGAGGCUCUGCUGGAGAACGUGACACGUUUGGGAGAUCGCUCCGAUGCGCUGCAGGAAUCUCUCGGCCAGCUGCCUUCCCAAAGUGACCUCCUGGAGAACAUCUGGAAGUUGGAACGCCUGUUCCAUAACCACAGCGAAGAGCUGAGGCAGCUAGGACACCUGGUGCAGGGUUUGGAGAGGGACAUCCGGGACCUGCAGGCAUUUAGCGAACAUGCCACGGGAUCUAUGGCCCAGAUGGAGGAGCAGGUGGGAAGUAGCCAGAGAAACAGCAGUGCAAUCAGAGCAGCUCUGGCCCGAGCCUCCGCCUCCAUCCACAGUCAGGAUUCUGCGCUGCGUGAGGCAGUGGGCCGAGUGGACAUCCUUCGGCAGAAGCUGGACGACGUGGACUGGACCGUGAGCUCCAUCAACCACUCGCUCAGCAGCCACAUUGGCACCCAGCAGCUACAGAUGGAGCUGCUUCAUUUGCAGCUGGGCAACGUGACCCAUGACACCAGGAAUGCCAGGAUCAUGCAGAUCCAUCUGGAGGAGCAGAUGAGGAACGAGCUUGAGAUUCUCAAUGUCAUUACGGAGGACCUGAGGCUCAAAGACUGGGAGCACUCCAUAGCACUGAAGAACAUCACGGUCAUCGAAGGUCCUCCAGGACCAAAAGGUGAUAAAGGAGAUGUGGGUCCUUUAGGGCCUGCUGGAAUCCCUGGCCUGACAGGCUUUAGAGGUAUACCAGGAGAAAAAGGCAUCCAGGGUCAACAAGGACUUACUGGGAGCACAGGUCCAGAUGGCCAAAAUGGGGAAAAAGGAGACACUGGACCAAUUGGACCCAAAGGCCAAAGGGGAGAACGGGGACUCAAAGGAGAGAAGGGGGACCGAGGGGACCAAUGGGACAAGACAGUUGAGAACUUUCUGGUGCGGUUGGUGAACGGCUCGGCGGCACACGAGGGCCGGGUGGAGGUUUAUCACGAGGGACGCUGGGGGACGGUGUGUGAUGACGUGUGGGAUAAGAAAGAUGGAGACGUGGUGUGCAGGAUGCUCGGUUUCCGAGGAGCAAAAGACGUACACAAAACCGGACGAUUCGGACAAGGUACGGGUCUGAUCUGGAUGGAUGACCUGGCGUGUAUCGGGACCGAGGAAACCCUUGACCAGUGCAAGUUCUCUGGCUGGGGCAAAACCAACUGCGGUCACGUCGAGGACGCCGGGGUGACAUGUAGCACUUAACCCCUGACCCCGCACCCCCUUUUUUUCCUGCUGAGUGGAAUGCUGUAUGUUCAGGACUGCAGCAAAGCAGCUGAUUGGCUGAGAGAGUUAUGUAUAAGAUGCUGUCUCUUUCUGGACCACCAUAAAAAAGACAAGGGGAUGAGAUAGGACAUCAUUUUCAGCAGGGUGGUGCUGGGGAUUCGACCAGAUCCCACAGAGCCCACGGGGACUGACACCGGACAAACAAGCAGACCGGCACAAGGGAUAGUAUUUACAUCCUGAAGCCUGUUGUCUUUACUUAUAAAAAAAAAAAAAAAAGUAAUAGAUUUUAUAGUAGCACACUUUUAUUACCGUCUUUUACUAGUGACCUCAUUUUGACGAAGCACAGCCAGAUCACACCUCUGCUUACAGACUGAGGCUGGAAACAGGAAGUGAGAUGAAGUCUGAAGUGCAUCAGAAUUAACCGAGAGAGCAUCAGUACCAUGUGCCAUAAAGGGAAGAGACUCUCACUGUUUUAAUCGUAGUCUAAUACAUUGUGCCUGAGAUAUUUUCAUCAUCACUAUUCGCUCUCUGUGUGUCUCUCUCAUUCUGUCUCUCUCUCUCUCUGUUUCUUGCUGACUGUCUGUUUCUCUCUCUGUCUCUUUCCAAGUAGAAGAUGAAUAACCAAUUCCAGCAUUCUGGUGCAGGGCUGCUAAUAGCAGGGAGGAUUUUUCUGGAAACCCGCCCACUCGUACGGUUGAGUGCCAAAUCCCUUCUCGCUCAUCUGGCUGGAGUGUUGCGACACUCGUUCAAGGCUCGAUUAGUGAGAGCAGGAUUGGAACGAAGCCUUUCUCAAGGGCACACCUCCAAAGCACCAUGGUGGGAUCAUGACAUGCAUUUUAUCAUGCACAUUUCAUCUUCAUGCUUAGGGAAAGAAAGAAAUUAUUUUACACAAUUUGUUCCUGUAUCACAAACGGAGUGGAUCGGCCGAGACGCGUUAGCCGUCUGGAGGCAGAUUUAGUUUUUAAACUUCAGCAGAAACACUAAUACGUUUAGCCAACAACAUUUAUUUUAACUCGGCCACAUCUACAGGAGACCUUACAGGAUGAGGACCGACUAUAUACUGUAGAUCCGGUGUAAGGAACAAAUUGAGAGGAAAGGAGAGGAAAGGAAAAUCAUUAGAAAACUUUUAGGAAUGUUUAUUUCUCCUGUUCUGACAAGAAGUGUUUUUUCCUCUGUAAAGUGUAAAGAAGUGUAAAAUUCUGGCUAGCAGAGUGUGUACGUCACACUUUGACCAAGCUCUUGAAAAGCUGGAAAUGAAAAUAAAAAUAAAAAGAAUUAAGUCCGGCUGUAAUCUGAUCCCGGCUCUUAAAGUAUCUGAACUAAAAACUGGUGACAUGUAAAAUGUUGGAAAUUCUGGUUAUGUUUUCAGAACUGCACACACACACACACACACACACACACACACACACACAUAUAUGAAAUAAAGCAUUAAUGUGUACAGUUCUUACCUUUAAUCUUCACCAUCAUUGGAUUUGUCAUUGAAGACUAAACCUCUCCAGACCUAGCAGUUAUUUCUAGGAGACAUUUCAGAGAAAAAAGUGAUCGAUUUAAAGCCUUAGAUGCAACAUGGAUCUUGAGGAAUGCUUACAGAGGGAAUUCUAAGCCUUGUAUGCGACUCAAUACGACUCUGUAUGUGACUCUCUAUUAGACGCUAUGUAACUCUCUUUGACCCUCUAUGCGACUCAAUAUGCCUCAAAAUCAAAUAAAAUUUUAUUCUGUAUGAGACUCUCUAUUGGAGUCUGUAUGUUACUCUGUACGUGACUCUUUAUUUGACUCUACAUUACUCUCUUUGACCCUCUAGGCGACUUAAUUCGACUCUGUUUGUGACUCUCUAUUCGUCUCUGUAUGAAGCUCUGUUCGACUCUAUUCGACUCUGUAUGAAGCUCUGUUCGACUCUCUAUUCGACUCUGUAUGAAGCUCUGUUCGACUCUAUUCGACUCUGUAUGAAGCUCUGUUCGACUCUCUAUUCGACUCUGUAUGAAGCUCUGUUCGACUCUGUAUGUGACUCUCUAUACGACUCUGUAUGAAACAUUUUGACUCUGUAUGUGACUCUCUAUACGACUCUGUAUGAAACAUUUUGACUCUGUAUGUGACUCUGCAUUGAGGUGCCUGUGUUCAUGUAAAUAAUGUUUGAUAUCAUUGUACCUGCAAAUAUUGUACAUUCAGAUUUAUAAAGCAAUAACUCAGAAACACUACGGUUUUAUCUUACAGUUUCUUUUUUUAUCUCCAUAUGAAAAGCGAAUAAAUCACGUUUAUGCA